AUGACGACUGUAACAUCGGAACCGACUGUCUCGCUCACAGAUGAAAAGGUUGAACAAAACUCGAGUAUCCAACCUCAAAUAGACAAGGAAGAUGCAGAAUUCGGGCCUGCGCCUGAUGGUGGAAUGAGAGCCUGGCUUGUUGCAGCUGGGGGUUCUUGCCUCUUUUUCUGUUGCCUCGGAUUCUCAAACUCAUUCGGCGCGUUCCAAGAAUACUAUCUAAGAAACCAGCUCCGUGGAGAAUCUCCCGACAGAAUCGCCUGGAUUGGAUCUCUGUCGGUGUUUCUUCAAUUUGGAGCAGGUAUGAUUGGAGGUCCAUUAUUUGAUCGUUUUGGUGCAAAGGUCAUCCGACCCGCAGCCGUGGUCUACAUUUUCGCUAUGAUGAUGCUGAGCCUGUGCAAGACCUUCUGGCAAAUUAUUCUCGUCCAGGGUGUCCUUAUGGGUAUAGCCAUGGGCCUGCUGCAGAUUCCCGCAUGCGCAGCAGUGUUCCAGUACUUUGACAAGAAACGGGCCGUUGCCAUCGGGGUAGUUGUAUCCGGAUCCUCACUUGGCGGCAUUGUAAUGCCGAUUGCAAUUUCCAAGAUGCUCAACAAUUCCUCUCUCGGCUUCGGAUGGUCCGUUCGAAUCAUUGGAUUUCUCAUCAUGCCCUUUAUGGCCUUUGCCAUUGUGACGGUCAAGGCUCGUCUACCCUCAAGGACCACGAAGUUCUGGAUCUCUGAAGCAUACCAAGACCCAAAAUUCAUCAUCCUUAUCAUCUCCAUGUUUUUCACUUUCAUCGGCAUCUUUACUCCAAUCUUCUAUAUCCCCACAUACGCAGUCACCCGAGGGAUGGGCCCAACGCUGGCAGGCUAUAUGCCAGCAAUUCUCAACGCGGCCUCGACAUUCGGCCGCAUCAUCCCGGGACUCCUGGCCGACAAAUACGGACGACUGAAUCUAUUCGCUCUUGGGGGUAUUGUCACCGGCGUCAUCAUCUUUUGCAUGGACUCCGCCACGACGAACGCAGGUUUGAUCGUGUAUUCGGCUGCCUUUGGCUUCACCUCCGGGAGCAUCAUUUCCGGAGCAUCCGCAGCCAUCUCCCUCUGCACGCAAGACCCACGAGAUAUGGGUACGUAUAUGGGCAUGGGGACGGCUAUCAGCGCUCUGGGGGUACUGAUAGGCCCUCCCGUGAGUGGGGUGAUCGUGGAGCACUAUCAAGGAUUCUUCGAAGUAUCCAUGAUUAGCGGUGCUAUGUGUUUGUUUGGGGGAUUUGUUGGGCUAAUGACUAAACUGGCGACUCCUCAGGGUAUGUUUGGAAGAGUUUGA